CGGUACAGUGGACACGGAAAACGAAGACGUGUUCUAGUGAACGCGUUUCGUACGCGGUGCGACGUCGUGUUAUGUGAGCUGCAAGUUUUUCGGUCGCAUUUCGUUCGUUAGCGCCAACAACAUGAGUCUAAAGGCGUCGGUGGACCGACGACUGAGUUUGGAUCAGAGUACGCGAGAGUACCUGGAAAUGGGAAUGGACCUCACGCCCAAAAAAAAAAGGUAUUUUAGUUUUCACGAGAAAGCUAUAAAUCGGGAACGGCCCGUGUCGUUCAAAGUGCCGGACGUGGAUCUCGUCGAAGAGGUCGAAGAACCGAGCGGUACGGAGACAACGGUUACGUCGGGCGGCCGUAGAUUUUCCAACGAGUUGAGCGUGAACAAUUACAGGGAAAUGGUCAAACAGUGUCUGUUGGACGCGUCCAAAGUGUUCACGAAUGGUUUUCAGUUUCUCCGAGAGGUGGAGAACGACCAGGCAGAUUUGACGGUGUUGAAAAGAUGUCCUCAGCAAUUGAAAAACUUGAUAUUGUUGUGGACGUGCUACUUGGACAAGUGCGACAUUGUUCAAACCCUAGUCAACGCCGACACCAACAUAGAUUAUGUACUGCCGUUUAGGGGUUAUGGCGCCGUACACAUAAGUGCCCUAAACGGCUGCGUGCGAUGUCUAAAGCGUUUAAUUAACGCCGGUUGCAGUCCACACGCUCGCGUCGAUGACAUGUCGUCCUUACACUUUGCUACUUACACCGAUUCCGUGGACUCUGUACAGCUGCUCGUAGAUUCCGGUUGUAGGUUAGAACCCACAGUUUUGCAUAGUGCCGUUAAAGCCAGAGCGGUCAAUUGCAUUAAGCUGCUAGUCUCCAAGUACUCGGUGGACGUGAACGUUCUGGACUCGUCUGGAUUCGCCCCUAUACAUAUAUGUGCGGAUCAAGGGUUCGCCGAUUGCAUGAAUAUGUUAUUAAUGUCAGAUAGAAUUCUAGUCAACAUUAAAGGCUAUCAAGAUAAUACUGCCAUGCAUUUGGCUUGUGAGUCGGCGCAGUUAGAAUGUGUCAAACUGUUGCUUGAUCAUGGCGGUAACGUUCAUGACAAAAACGCCAAGUUGCAAGUGCCAAUGCAUAUGGCAGCCAAAGCGCAGAGCGUCGAAUGCAUUGAAGCGUUGGUCAGAGCCGGCGCUGACGUCAACGCCAGGGACGUUGAUGACCGUACGCCGCUGCACACGGUUAUCGCUGCCAAGACUUUGAACGUGAGCCAAGCUGUAGAAGCGUUACUUGGCUACCAGGCCAAGGUUAACGUCCAGGAUCAUUUCGGGUUUACACCGCUGCACGUAGCAGCAUUGAACGAAGCGCCCGAAUGCGUCGAUUCUCUUUUGCACAGAGGCGGUAAUGUAGGCAUCCACACAUACGGCGGUAUAUCAGCUUUAAACAUGAUAGUGCGCAAAUUACCUUCGUGUGUUCCGGCCGUCGGUAGGCAGCUCGAUAAUGCCAUUUCGUCAAAUUGGGCGGACGGGUUUAAACGCGGUCCCGAAAUUCAACUCAAGUUUAAAAACUUGUUGGACAGCAACACUUUCGGCGAGAUCGAUCUGUUGAAAUGUUUUCAGGAAGAAGGACAAUACGAGUUGUUGCAGCACCCCCUGUGCCAGGCGUUUUUGUAUUUGAAAUGGGACAAAAUCAGAAAAUAUUAUUUGAUGCGUCUGGCGAGUUUGGCUCUGUUCAUUACUUUCUACACUCUUUACGUUCUCACAGUGUUAAGUCGAGAUUGUUACAACGCUGCUCAUUUUUCUCAAAUGAAUAUUUCAUCUUGUGUGAACAACUCUGUCGUCGGCCAGUUUCUGGUCACUCACUAUCACAUUAUGGACGUAAUCGCCUAUGUAUUAUACGUAAUCGCCGUAGUAGAGAGUUUCUUGAAAAUAUCAGAAAUGGCCGGCUACGCGUACCUAAGCGAGUACUUUUUAAAUUUGAGUAACUUUAGCGAGUGGUUGGUGUUGGUGAGCGUGCCGGUAAUAUCGUUCAGCAUCUUCGGCCAGACGUACCAAUGGCAAAACCACGUGGGCGCUUUUUCUGUUCUCUGCGCCUGGACCAAUUUAAUGGUCAAAGUCGGCCAACUACCAUGGUUCGACACUUACGUUGCGAUGUACACUAAAGUUCAAAAAGAAUUCGCCAAACUUCUAAUGGCCUAUAUGUGCUUACUGAUAGGGUUUUCUGUCAGCCUUUGUGUGGUAUUCCCGAAUUCUCCGUGGUUUAAUAAUCCAAUUACCGGUUUUGUCAAAGUACUGGUGAUAAUGGCCGGCGAGUUGGACCUCAAUUUAUUAGAAGUGCACAACCAAUCUCCAUUAAUGACCCAAUUGAGUGCCUAUAUUGUCUAUGUAGCACUUUUAGUUUUCGUGUCCAUCAUACUUAUGAAUCUUCUUGUCGGUAUCGCCGUUUCCGAUAUACAAGGUUUAAAGAAAACUGCCGGUCUGUCUAAAGUCAGAUGUCAGAUAAAACUCAUUCAUUAUAUUGAGUUAUUCAUGUUAAGGAGCUUUUGGCCGAAAAGCAUCAAACGCAAAGCUCUGGUUUACCCGUCCAAAAACAGGGCAUAUAUGACGGUGAAGCCGUUAAAUCAAAGACAAGCACUGCCGAGGGAUAUUAUCGACGCCAUACGAACGUUAGUCAAACGGAAAAAACAAGAUCGUUGCGAAAACAACGAACAGUUGAGUAUUAAGGAAAUUUUGAAAGAAGUGAAAGAACUGAGAAACGUUGUGGAUGAAAAUCAAAAAGUUAUUAGACACUUGCUCAUGAAUUUAAAUAGCGCUAAGUAAACUAACAAACUAAUUUUAAUAACGUGAUAUUAAUAAAUUUUAACAUUUUCGCAAUUUUAUGGAUAGUUAGAUGAUAUAUUUAUUUAAACUUUAUCGAUAGGAUAUUUGUUUCGAUUAAUGGUAAAUUAAAAAGUUUACACGACAUAAGAACUCUGUAGUUUUGAAAUUAUUGUACGUUUUGUUAAAAUCUACAUUAUAGAUUUUAAGAAAACGUGAAAUAAUUGCUUUACUUGAAGCAAUUUUCCGGUUUUUUAUUAAAUAAUUAUUAGUUUUCAAAACUACAAUAAUCAUAGCAAAACGACAUUAAAUAAAUAAAUACCAAGUAAUUUAUAAUAUACAUUAACAACGAGAUUAAAAAUAAUAUCCGGUCACAUGAAAAAAAGUAAAUAAAUGCAAAUACUCCUACAUAAUUCUUUUAAUAUUAUAAGAUUCGUCAUUAUCAUAGUGUGAAUUAUUAAUAAAAAAUCGAGAUAAUUAUAAUAAUAUUUAAAGAAAACAACUGGAAAUUUAUUAAUAAUUGUUAAGCAAUGGUGUAUUUAGAAAUGUUGUACGGAGGGAAUUCAGCUUAAACCCACCGCUAGUAUAAUCUUGUGUUUGAGAUGAGUCCGAAACGCCAUUAAAAUAGCCAUUGUUUGGUAAAAAAUCGUACCAUAAAUGUUGAAUAUUGUCAGCACAAUUUAUUUUUCAAGACCUAGUGCGUCUUUCGUUAUAAACAUGUUGAAAUUAAUAUGUGUUGGCUAAAAAAUUGAUGAUAUAAGAUACAAGGUCACGGUGUUGAUACAGGAUGAAACUUUAUGUCUAAUUUUCGCGUAACCUUGUGUUAAUAAUAUAUUACUAGUAAUGAUUUAGUUUUAACAAAUAUUUGGAAGGGUGAUCUGUUUACUGUUGUUCCUAAUAUGUAUACAUUGCUCAAUGAAGAGUGAAAAUUUGUACGCUAUUUUCUAGUUUGUAUACAUGACUGAAUGCGAUAAUUAUUUAUAGAAAUGUAUAUAUUUAUUAAUUUCAUUGUUUUUAGUUUGAUUUUAUAUUCUAUACAUAUAUAUAUAUAUUCUAUUUUAUAAUCUUAACAUAAACAAAUGUGAGUUAAUUUUUUUAUUUUGUUGUUGUUAUUUUUUGUAAUUUAAUUUUAAUAAUGUAUGUAACUAAAAAUAAUUAGUAGUCAUUUAAUGCUGUUUUGGUUAGACGACACGUAGAUUAAAUAAUACUCCAUAUGACAAUAGUAAAUUUAAUUGUAAAUAAUAUGUUAAUCAAAAUAAGGUCUCAUAGUAAUCUUUAUCUUAAUUAAAGCAAAAACUUUUAUUGUAAAUAAUAUGCUAAUCAAAAUAAGAUUUUAUCAUAAUCGUUGUC